AUGGAGGGUCUCUUCUUCAACGCCAACAACGGCUACCUCGAGGGUAUUGUCCGCGGUUAUCGCAAUGGCCUCCUCACCACGCCAGCCUACAACAACUUGACACAAUGCGAAACGAUCGAUGAUCUCAAGCUCCAGCUCGGUCCGGCCUAUGGCGACUUCCUGGCCUCUCUGCCUCCGAAUCCCUCAACCUCGAGCCUCGCUGCCAAGACGACCGACAAACUCAUCUCCGAGUUUCGCUAUGUCCGGGCCAAUGCCGUCGGCUCGCUCGCCAAAUUCAUGGACUACGUUACGUACGGCUACAUGAUUGACAACGUGGCGCUCCUCAUCACCGGCACGCUGCACGAGCGCGACACGCGCGAACUGCUGGACCGGUGUCACCCCCUCGGCUGGUUCGAGACGAUGCCCGUCCUCUGCGUCGCCACCAACAUUGAAGAGCUUUACAACAGCGUUCUGAUCGAAACGCCCCUGGCCCAGUACUUCAAGGGCAGCCUGAGCCACCAGGACCUCGACGAGCUCAACAUUGAAAUUAUCCGCAACACCCUGUACAAGAACUACCUCGAAGACUUUCACCAAUUUGUCAACUCGCAUCCCGACAUGGCCGGCACUCCCACCGCUGAGGUCAUGUCCGAGAUGCUCGAGUUUGAGGCGGACCGCCGCGCCAUCAACAUUACGCUCAACUCGUUUGGCACUGAGCUGUCUAAGGCCGACCGCAAUAAGCUCUACCCCAGCUUCGGCAAACUGUACCCCGAAGGUACCCUGAUGCUCUCCCGCGCUGACGAUGCCGAGGGUGUGCGCUUGGCUGUGGAUGGCGUCCACGACUACAAGACCUUUUUCGAUGCCGUGUCGGUAGGCGGGAGCUCCGGCGCCGGCAAUAUGGGCGGCGGUAGCACCGAUGGCAAGAGCCUCGAAGAUUUGUUCUACCAAAAGGAAAUGGAAAUUUCCAAGAAUGCCUUUACAAGACAAUUCACAUACGCCAUUGUCUACGGCUGGGUCAAGCUACGAGAGCAGGAAAUCCGAAACAUUACAUGGAUUGCCGAGUGCAUAGCACAAAACCAAAAGGACCGCAUCGGAAACUUUAUCAGCGUCUUCUCCUAA